GUGAACGCAGCAGGGGCAGAGCUUGAAGCUGAUUGGUCCGUUUCAAACUUCAGCCCGCGGCUCGGCUGUGUUGUUGUUAGCUCGACGUUAGCUCCGCGUUAGCACGGACACACUCUUCUUCUUCUUCUUCUUCUUCUGUCUCUAAUGUCCGACAGGUAACAGCCAGGAAAAUGGAACCGAGCCCGAACAACAACAACAACAACAACCACCACCACCACCAGGCGGACAGACAGGUGGAGCAGGUGCAGGUGGACGACUUGAAGAGAGACCUCUCAUCAGAGUUCAGCCCUUCACCUGACGCACAGGUAUUCACUGACGUCACACAGCAUUCCAGCAUCGAGGAGCGAGAACACCUUCAGGUCUACCUCCGCAUCCGACCGUUCACCUCAGCAGAGAGCGACAAUGGAGAGUCACAGGACUGCGUUACCAUCGAGCCGCCCGACACCGUCCUGCUCAAGCAUCCCAGCCUGUCUCUCUCCGCGAGGCUCAGCGCUGACAGAUCGCUUGCACAGACCGGACAGCGCUUCCAGUUCUCUCAGGUGUACGGUCCUGAGACGACACAGGGAGAGCUCUUUCAAGGCACCGUCAAAGAUUUGGUGAAGGACGUUCUUGAAGGGGGGAACUCUCUCGUUUUCACUUACGGAGUCACCAACGCCGGGAAGACCUUCACGUUCUUAGGCCCCGACGCCGAUGCCGGUAUCCUGCCCAGGUCUCUCGACGUCAUUUUCAGCAGCAUCGACGAACGAGUUUUCACCGAGACGACCGUCAAACCUCACCGCUGCCACGAGUUCACGAGGCUGAGCCGGACGCAGCAGGCCGAGGAGGCGGCAUUCAAGAGAAACCUCUUCAGGCAACUCAAAGAGAGCGAGAAGAGCAACAUCAGCCUCCUGAACUCGACCAAUAAGACUCUCCUCGAAGGCUCCUCCAUGCUCGGCAUGACCGUCACGGCAGAGGACCGAAUCAGCCUGGAGGCAGAGGCGCACACUAAGUUCUCUGUUUGGGUUUCUUUCUGUGAAAUCUACAACGAGAACAUUCACGACCUCCUGGAGGCGGUGCCCAGCGGAGCCCCGAGGAGAACUGCACUGCGUUUGUCGCAAGACGUGAAGGGCAACGCCUUCGUGAAAGAUCUGCGGUGGGUUCAGGUGAACAGUGCAGAAGAGGCGUACAAGGUGAUGAAGCUGGGCAAGAAGAACCAGAGCUUCUCCUCCACCCGACUCAACCAGCUGUCCAGCAGGAGCCACAGCAUUUUCUCCAUUCGCAUCUUGAGGAUUGAAGACAUCGGCACUCCGAGGGUCCACACAGUCAGCGAGUUGAGUCUGUGCGACCUGGCCGGCUCGGAGCGAUGCGCCAAGACCCAAAAUAAAGGCGAGCGUCUGAAAGAGGCGGGCAACAUCAACACGUCGCUGCUCAUCCUGGGAAAAUGCAUCAACGCUCUGAGACACAAUCAGCAGGCCAAGCUGCUGCAGCAUGUUCCCUUCAGAGAAAGCAAGCUGACCCACUACCUGCAGGGCUUCUUCUGCGGUCGAGGUAAAGCCUGCAUGAUCGUCAACAUCAACCAGUGCGCCUCCAUGUACGACGAGACCCUCAACGUCCUCAAGUUCUCUGCUGUGGCACAGAAGAUUGUGGUUCUGUCCACCAGGCCCGUUCCCUCCACGUCCCAGAGGUCCGCCAGUGAGGUAUCGUUCAUCAUCGACAACGCUGAGAGGAAGGCUCUUCGGGGCAGCAGGAGGAGCUCCCUGAUUGGCUGGGAUAGUAGCCUAGAGGAUGUACAGGAGGAUGAAGACGCCGAGUGUGAGGAAGAAAGGAGCCUGAUGGAGGACACGAUGGACCAGAGCAGCGUCGAGGAGGCCGGCGAUGAAAAUGAUGAGAAGAUUGUCAUCGGUAAAAAGAUGCACCAGAGCCAGGUGGAGCUGCUGAAGCAGCUACAGGUCCAGCUGAAGAAGGAGCGAGCGGAGGGCCUCCUGAUGGAGGCGCGAGUCAGAGAGGAGAUCAGCAGAGAGUUCUCAGAGCUCUUCUCUGAGAUGCAGACCGACUACCAUGAGCGGCUGGCGAGGGAGAGAGAGAUCCUGGAGGAGCGAGCGGAGAGGAGGCUGGAGAUCUUCAAGAACCUCAUCGACAAAAUGUCCACCGCUCGUCCCGGUCCAGAUGCACUCGCCAUGGACAAAUCUCUGGACUCCUCCGAAUUUGCAGGCAUGAAGAAGGCCGCCGAGGCUGCUCAUAAAUGUCUGUGUUCGGGCCGAGCAGGAGCUCGGGGAGACGCGAGAGGCGCCUUGGAGGAGCUGGAGAGGAAGGUGCUGGAGCUGAAUGAGCACCAGCAGAUGGUUCACAAACACAAGGGCAAAGGCGAGGACGAGGAGAAAAACAGGCUCCUCGUUCAGCUCCAGGAGAAGUCGUCGCAGGUCGCCCAGCUGGAGAAACAAGUGGGCGACCUGCAGAGGGCGCUCGAGCCGGGCGAGGAGGGGGGAUCACGUGACCGAGAGCGGCUGCAGGAGGCGUUGGCUGCCCUCGAGAAGGAGAAGAAAGGCAGAGAAGAUGCCAUCGCUGCUUUGGAGUAUCAGACUAUGGGAAAAGAGGAGGCCCUGGCGUCCUUAGAGGAGGAGCGGAAAGCAAGGGAGGAGGCCCUCGCCACGCUCGGGGAGCUGAAGAGAAACAAAGAGGAGAUGCUCGCAUCCCUCGAAGAAGAAAGACGUGUGAAUGAGAACGCGGCGGCGGCCCUCGAAGCCGAGAGGAGAGUCAAGGAAGAAGCCGUCGCAGCGCUCGAAGACGAGAAGCGAAGCAGAGACGACGUGCUCGCUGCUGAAGAGAGGAGCCGCAAAGAGGUGGAGGCGGACAGGAAGGAGAUCAGCCGGCUGGUUGAGGAGACGGAAAAGAGGCGACAGGAGGGCGAGGCACUUCGACAGGAAGUCAGAGAGCUGACUGACAAACUGGAAGCCUCAAAGCGGCAGGUGACUGCGGAGACGGAGCGAGCCGAACGAGUGUUAGCCCAACUCCAAACUUCUCAGGCACAACUGGACAAACUCUCCGAGGAGAUCCAGGAGAAAACGUCCCUGAUCCACACCCUGACGCAGGAAGUUCAGACCCUGAAACAGGAGGUGCAGACCUCGGGAUCAUCCAGAGGUCUCAACGAUCUUCGUCUGUCAGAGCUUCAGAAGAAUCUGGCCGAGGAGAAGGAGAAACACGAGAGCACGCUCGCACAAAUGUUGGAGCUGCAGCGUGAGUUAGCGCAGGCAGAAGAACAGCUGGCGCAGAAACAGCAGAUCUCCGAGCAGCAGCUGGAGAAGCUGAAUCAACAAGAAGUGGCUUCAAAACAUCAAGUUGAAGAGCUGAGGAAGAAGCUUCAGGAGCAAGAGGAGCAAUCGCAGCGACCGCUGGAGGAGCUCCGAUCAGAGCUCGAACGCCAACAACGCGCUUCCAAAGAAGAGGUCGAACAGCUGAGAGCGAAACUCGAGGAAGCCUCAGAGAAGCAGCUCAACGAGAAGCAGCAGCUGGAGGAGUUAAAACACAAACUGAGCGAGCAGGAAACGACCUCCGGCAAACUUUUAGAUGAUCUCAAGCUGAAGCUCAGCGAGCAGGAGCAAACUGUCGAGCUGCUCAGGGCUGAAGUGGAAGAAGCUCGACGUUCGUCCAGCUCUGCUGAAGAUCUCAAGAGGUUGAACUCCGAUCUCCAGAGCGAGGUCGCAUCCCUGAAGGCGAAGGUCUCCACCCUGGAAGGAACUGAGGAGGCCGCCAGCAAAACGGACGUUCAGCUGGAGGAGAAGCUCGCAGAUCUGCAGAAACAGCUGCAGGAAAAGGCCACGCAGGUAACGUCGCUGCAGAAGAGCCUGCAGGAGGCGCGAGAGCGGCAGGAGGAGGAGGAGAGCCAGGCGGUCCAGGAGGCCCGGCGCAGGGAGGUGGAGAGGCGCAGGGAGCUGCUGGCUGUGGCACAUGAAGCCAUCGCUCAGAAAGACGCAGAGCUGGAGAAGAAAGCUGAGGAGAUCAGCAGACUGAAGGAAAACGCCAAGCAGGAGUCGGAGAAAGCCAAGCGCCUCAGCCUCGACCUUCAGAGGAAAGAGGACGACACGUCAGACCUCCGAGAGAAACUGGCCGACUACAAGAAGCAGAUCCAGCAGGUCCAGAAGGAGAUCUCGACCAUGAGAGAAGAGGAGAAGAGUUUGAGGCAGAAGCUGUGCGACGUGGAGAAAGUGAAGAAGCAGCUUCAGGCCGACGUCGCCAACAGAGACCGAACCAUCCAGCAGCUCAGAGCGGAACAAUCAUCUGAAACCAAGUCUGACCAGACGCUCUACCAGAAGGCCUGCAAAGACCUGGAGGCGAAGGAGCGUGUGAUGGAGGACAUGCGUUUGGCUCUGACGGAGCAGGAGGAGACGCAGGACCAGAUGGAGCAGGUCUUGGAGGAGAAACUGAACCUGAUCCAGGAGCUGUCCGGCGAGGUGGACAAACUGAAGGCGAUGCUGCUGCAGCAGGACCGUGGGAACAACACGCGCCAUCAAGUCGACGAUCCGUCAGAUGAGCUCAAAGCGGCCAAACAGGAAGCUGCCCAGGCUCAGGAGAGCUUGAAGCUCUUUACAGACAAGCACCAGGCCGAGCGUAAGAAGUGGCUGGAGGAGAAGCUGUCCCUGAUCGGACAGGCUAAAGAGGCCGAGGACAAGAGGAACCAGGAGAUGAGGAAGUUUGUCGAAGACAGGGAGCGCUACAAUCGACAGCAGAGCCAGCUGGAGUCCAUGUCGUCCGAGCUGGCCGAGAAGGAUCAGACCAUGGAGAGGUGGAGGAAGGAGAGAGACACUCUGGUCGCAGCGCUGGAGGUCCAGCUGCAGAAGCUUCUCUCCAGCCAGGCGGAGAAGGACAAACUCAUCCAGCAGCUCCGGCAGAAUAACACAGAGCCGCCACAAGAGAGCGGCGGUGAUGGCGGCGUCGUGGCAGAGCUGCAGGCUGCUCUGUCCGAGAAGGAGGCCGAGAUCCGUCGACUGAAGGAAGAGCUCGAGGCCUCGACAGCCGAACAAGAGGAGGCGGUCACUCAGACUAAAUGCACGGAGAGUCCUGCUAUUGUGGUCGAGAAACCCCAAAAUGAAGCCGUUAACAGGAAGUCAGGAGGAAGGCGGGACACCAGAGUGUCAGUCAGCAGUCAGGGCUCAGCUGGCUGUCCGUCCGUGCUCGACUCCUCUGAGAUCUCCACGGAGAACGGCAGGGCGAGCCGCUUCCCCCGGCCUGAGCUGGAGAUCUCGUUCAGCCCCCUGCAGCCGAAUCGGAUGGCUCUGCGACGGCAGGGAGAGGAGAACUCCGUCACCGUCAAAAUCACCCGCUCGGCACGCAAGAGGAAGAGCGGAGAGAUGGAGAAGUCUCAUAUUUUCAGGAGGAGUAAACGAAGAACGACACGAGAGGAAGAGGUGGAGGCAGAGAACAGACGGAACACGAGGACCAAACUGACGCCAAAGCUGACCCCACACCGAGAGGAGACCUCCUCCCCGGCGGGAAGCCACGGCUCGCAGAGCAGCAUCCGCAGCAGAAAGGAAGGAGCGCUGCAGAAGAUCGGAGACUUCCUGCAGAGCUCCCCCACGCUGCUCGGCACGAAAGCCAAGAAGAUGAUGAGUCUGGUGAGCGGUCGAGGCGAUGCAGACUCAGCAGCCUCCUCUUCAUCCUCUUCAUCUCUCAGUCUGAGAGCCAAGAAGAACAAACGGAAGCUGUACAGGCCUGAAAUCUCCUCACCGAUGGACAUGCCGCCACACCCGAUCCUCAGCAGAGAGCCGGAGGAGAAAGAGAGCGACCACCUGAUCAUCAAGAGGCGGCUUCGCUCCAGGAUGGCCAAAUGAUGAUCGCACACAGAAACGCGUCUUAUGUAAUCCUAUUUAAUCUGAAGUCAACGAUAUUUAACUGUUCAUUAAUUAGAGUAGAGCAGAGGCACUAAUAUCCAGCUCGUUAUGCUGGAACUGUUUCCUGUGUGUGAGUGUGAGCGCGGCGAGCUGCUCGGACGUGAAGUCGUCAUCAGCUGUUUUCUUUAGUUUAUUUCAUCCACGUUUAACCAUCAAAUCAUAUUUUCAAAGAGUCGAACUCUAAACGUCUCUUUUUCUUUCUUUCAUGUGCAAUUUUUUAGUGACGUUUUUGUAUUUUUUGUUUAUUUUAAAAAGCCUCACAUGAACAGAAUCUUAGAUGUACUCCUCUACACUCCUCCUGCACUUUAUAUCUCUGUUCCAACACAUUUAAAGGAAACUCUAUGUUUGUAUUUGCUGGAGCUCUCCGUAGACUCGUUCAGUAAAACGUUGUUAAAGCUGCCUGA